CGUCAAUUCGUUUCAAUUUAUUUCCUGAAUACAUUAUUAGUUUAAUUGAAACAGUUAGCAGUACUUCCUCUAGAUUCUUCACAGUCAAUUUAUAAUAAAUUAUUAUCCAUUUAUUGAGGUUGCAACAUCGUUCAAAAUAUGAGGACUUGGUGUCUUUGCUUUCUUAUUUUAGCGAUAACUUUCGUUGUAGAAUCGUCAAAAAUACAGGAUUUGAACGAAGGUGUUCGAAUUAAUGGCGAUAAGCAAGCGAUAAAGGAAAAGAUAAAAUUCUCGAGGAAGCUAUUGCAAGAGCGACGGGAGGUCAAAACAUUUACAGUCAAGGGUUUCAUAACAUUCAUCAGACUUCUUAAUAAUAAUCGAGAACAUGGGGCUACUCCAAGAAUUACUGGUGGUGGAGUUGGUAAUAAUUAUGUGAAUAUUGAAUUCAGGAGUCGCAAAAGUCACGGCAUUGACUUUGAUAUUGAAAUUUAUGAAACGGACAAGUGGGAAUCAAAACAAUGAAAAUGCGAUAACAUAAGAAUGAUUUGUAACUAAUUGUUUUUUUAAAUAAAUUUACUUUAUUCGCAUUAUA